AAUAACACAAGUCAUUCUUUUAAAAUGCUCUCACACAAGUGCCAUUUCAUCUGGUUUCUUAUGUGUGUGAAAGGUGUGUUUGAUGCUGAUAGAGAUGGAGUGAAGUCAGUGUCAGUGAUGGAGGGAGAUUCUGUCACUCUACACACUGAUCUUACUGAAAUAUUGGGAAAUGAUCAGAUACUGUGGAUGUUUGGACCUCAAGAGACUCGAAUAGCUGAAAUCUAUAAGCAGAACAUUGAUAUAUAUGAGACUAAUGAGAUAACUAGAGACAGACUGCAGCUGGAGAGACAGACUGGAUCUCUCACCAUCAGAAACAUCAGAAUCACACACUCUGGACUUUAUAAACUUCAGAUACUCAGCAAAACAACCUCAUACAAGAGAUUCAACGUUACUGUCUAUACUCGUCUGCCCAUUCCCGUCAUCAUCAGAGACUCUUCUCAAAGUUCUUCAAGCUGUAAAUGUGUGUUGGUGUGUUCAGUGGUGAAUGUGACACAGGUGACUCUCUCCUGGUACAAAGGAAACAGUAUAUUCUCCUCCAUCAGUGUGUCUGAUCUCAACAGCAGUCUCUCUCUACCUCUGGAGGUGGAAUAUCAGGAGAACAACAUCUACAGCUGUGUGCUCAACAAUCCCAUCAGAAACCAGACGAAACAUCUCAACAUUACUCAACUUUGCUCAGAUUCUGUCUACAUUCAUUCUGAGAGUGUGACCCCUUCAUUGAUUUAUGCUCUGGUGGGCAUGACUGCUGUCAGUGUACUUGUGUACUACAUAAGAUCCAAAAGAGUUUAA